AUGGCAGAGCAAACCGCAAACAAGGAACGGCAUGACGUAUUCCAAAAGCUUAAACCAUUUUGCGUCAAGAUUAGCCAACUGGCUAUCCAGGAGUCCGACUCAGCCGACGCCGCUCGUGAGCUCCUAGAUCUAACUGCUCAAGUCCUGGAUAUUCUGAAUACCCAGAUUCAAAAGAACCCAUCGGCCCUUGAUGAGAAGUUGGCCGAAUAUGUCUUCUUCCCACUAUACCACAUCUUUCGUCAAUUGGAACAUUAUCCUGCUCGCCUUAUCGAGAACUGUGUCAAAUGUCUUCAGUUGCUCAUCACACAUGGUUGGAAGACUAGGAUUUCGCCCCAGCUGGUCCAACAAAUAUUCAGCUUCCUUAUUUUCAUCAUCGAUGACGUUCCUGGAUUGAAGAAAAGAGACCGGGAUGUUCCAGAAGAACUGCAGCUGGAAGCUUUCAGAACGCAGUUGGCUCUGCUUACCACGGCAGGUCAAUCUGCCAGCGCCAUGACUGGGCUGACAGAAGGAGAUAGUAUGCCGGCGUUGGGUCAUGGGGUUACUGUUAUGCUCGGUGGCGCUGUAGACGGUAUUACACCACAAAUCCAACUCGAAGCCUUACGCGUACUGAACGCACUUUAUACCUCCUUGCGGGAUCAAGCAGCCCUAGCAAGCUUUCUCCCAGGAACCGUUUCUUCUUUAACCAAGUUGCUGUCAUCUCCAAAUAGGCAUAAAUCCACGGUAUUAGCGGAGAGUCUGAACGUUGUACAGACAGUCCUCACCAGGGUGUUAGGAGAUAUGCGAACACGGUCGAUCCUAGCGAAAGGCGGUAAGGAGGAUGAGAAACAGUCGGCGUCCUCCGACACGGACAAACUGUUGACUGCUGCAUGGCUUAGGGCAACAGCAGAUCAGGUCAAAGUGGCAUUGUCAAAUAUGAUGAAGCUUCGCACACAUUCUUCGCAAAACGUUCUAGAUGCUCUCGAGAGACUCUGCGUUUCACUCCUGGACGAGUGCCACAACUCUCUGUCUAAUUGCACCACACUACUGGUCGAGACAGCUAUUGUGCUGGAUAAAGGAGAGAGUGCUCCAACACCUUCUUUGUCCACGCAGACUAGUUUACGACAUCUAGUCAUCAUCUACCCUGAGCUUGGUGAUGCUAUAAAGACAGCCGUAUAUAGCUGGAUGUCAAGCCUGGCCCGCAUAAUGCAAGCCGGAGAAGAAGAGGCCAAGAAAACCGCGGUGCAUAACUUAUCCAAAGGAAUCGAAUUAUUUGAAAGUUUAGGAAUAGAGUCUUCGACUCUGGAGGACACAAUUGGCGGCGCAUUGCGAGACAGUAUUGUUUCUCUCAUCCAAUCUUCAAAGCAAGCACAACCAGCAAUCCAUUUGCAAUUACUAGAGGGAUCGCAAAACCAGCGAGAAUCAGCCAACGAACAGCCAUUCGAGCCAGUACUUAUGGCAAACGAAAGUCAACGGACGCUGAGACAAGAAGUCACAAACUUGAUAAGUCGCAUUGCCUCAACUUCGGUACACUCCAACAUCGCCGCUAGCAUGAUGGACCAUGCCCGAGAGUCAGACUCAACAGACCAGGUCGCAUCUCUGUGGCUCUGUUAUGAGUUAGUCAAGGCUUCCGAUGCCUUGAAUGCAGGCUCAGAUGCAUUCCUGGACCUUUCUGCUCUGGGCGGCUCAUCAGAUGACCUGGAGCCCAUUUUCGAGGACCUAUACUCUUACUCUGUCCAAAUUCUUGAGUCUCACGCUGAUUCAGAUCCUGUUGAUUGGCGCCUGGAAGCCAUUUCACUAGAAGUAGCAACCUACACCGCACAGAGACGUGGCGUAUCAUUCCGACCUGACCUGAUGGACGUCCUCUUCCCCGUUGCGACGUUCUUAGGGUCGGAGAACCCACUGCUGCAACAACACGCAAUAGCCUCUCUAAACAGCAUCGCACUAGCAUGCGAAUACUCCAGCGUGUCAGAAUUAAUAAUAGACAACGUCGACUAUAUGGUCAACUCCGUCGCCCUCCGCCUCAACUCGCUCGACAUUUCGCCCGCAUCAAUGCAAGUUCUAACGAUGAUGAUCCGACUCUCGGGGCCCAGAUUAAUCCCAUACCUAAACGAUGUCGUCGAAUCCAUUUUUGCUGCACUAGAAAACUACCACGGAUAUGUUCUCCUCGCGGAAAAUUUGUUCACCGUCUUGAAGGAAAUCGUUAACCAAGCAUCCGUCAUCAAUGAGCGGUUGUUAACCGAUGGCGAGAAAACCAUGAUAAACCACAAGAAAAAACCACGUCCAAUCCUCGGCCUCGACGCCCUCCUCGACGACCUAGAUAAGCGAGAGGCAAGACGCAUUCGAGACGAGGAGGAAGCGAAAUCAUUUGCCCAAAUAAAAGGCCACCCCAAAGAACCAUGGAGUUCCAAAACCAAACAAGAAGAAGACGACGAUGACGGUCGUCCACCUCCUGAGCCUGAAAAGCCACCCAACUCACCAACGUACCAGCUCCUUUUGAGAAUCGCCUCCCUAACACAACACUACCUCACCUCCCCGACGGCCCGACUCCGCCGCUCCCUCCUCGAACUCCUAACCACCGCAUCAACCAUCCUCGCUGGCGACGAGGACUCCUUCCUGCCACUCAUAAACUCCAUCUGGCCGGUGGUCAUUGAACGUCUCCGCGACCCCGAGCCCUUCAUCAGCAUCGAGGCUUGCCAUGCACUGGUCGGUCUCUGCCGCGCAGCAGGAGACUUUCUCAGCACGAGAUUCAAGACCGAGUGGGGCGAAUGGCUUCGCGACUGGUGUCGAAAGACGAAAGCUAACGCUGAAGGACGCAAAGCCCACAGUCUCCCGCGUAUUCCUGAAAAGGGGCAAAGCAUCAUGAUCCCCAUUCGCUCCGGAGACGGGCUACAAAUUAAAGGUAAACCGGUAGAGUCGGGAUCUAACACUUCGUCUGGAAGUUUGGGGCAGCACGCUUCACCGGUGAAGACGUGGGAAGCGGUCGUGGCGUUGCUCACUGCAUUAGUGGAAUACGUCCGUGUUGACGAGGUGAUGUUUGAUGAUAUUCUGGAUUUAUUGGCGGACGUAAUGGAGAGUAACAAGGAAGUGAGGGAGGCUUUGGAAGUUAUUAAUGCAGAUGCGGUGUGGCUGGUGAGGUACGAGAAGGGGAGGGAAGAAUUGCUACCUACGCCGGUAGUGGACGGUUUUCACUUUGUAGAGAUGGAGCAACUACCUCGGUCCUAA